GCUUAUAUAUGUGUACAUUCAACGAAAAAUUGCGAUAAAACUUUGAAGACGCGGUGCAAUGAAUGGAUCAUCUGUGUUAUUCUAUUUUGUCCUGAUUGUGACAUUUAGGUGGACAACUGCUUUAUUGUGUUACUCGUGUGCGGAUUUGAAAAGUAAUGAAGAAUGUUUUAAUGUUACGAAAUGUCCUGAUGGGGAGUUAUGUUACGGAAGAGAAGAUGGUUUUGGUUCGGGAGAAGUAAAACACACUACUGGCUGUACUAAGGAACUUAAGCCUUUAAAAAGACAGGAUUCAACAGGUUAUACAUUCUGUGCCAAGUCAUGUCAAGGAGAUUUAUGUAAUUUGAGAAGCUGUCAACCAGGUAAUGCUACGAGACCACCACGUUGCCUGUCAUGUAGUUUUGUGAAUUCGCCACAAGAGUGUCAAAACGUAGUUCAAUGUAAAGCUAACGAGGUGUGCUAUGUAAAUAAGUUUAAUACAUUUCAAAAAACGAAGUACAGAUUCAGUUGUAUCAGUAAAACGGAAUGUGACGUGCACCCAGUCACCUCCACCACUACAUUAAUAGGUAAAAGAAGCGACACAAAUACAUGUUCCCUCUGCUGCAAGAAUGAUCACUGUAACUUGAAUGCUUGCGAUCAACAGCAUAAUGGACCGAUGUUUCAUCUAAAACCAUUGAAUGCUGGUGCCACAUGUAAUGACACAGACACGGUAUUGUGUUCAACACUUGGCAGACUAAAUGCAGACGCGUGUAAAGAGUCUUCUGUUAUCAAAAUGUGCCCGAAGUCUUGUGUAACAUGCGAUCAUGUUGGAUGGAUGCCAUGGCAACCAUGGAGUACAUGCUCCAGGACUUGUGGAGGGACACAGACACGCUCUAGAGUAUGCAAGCACAGAUUUAGUUUUGCCAAUACUGUGACAUGCAAAGGUGACGCUGUCGAAACAGUUAAAUGUCUUCAACUGUUUUGCCCAGUGAAUGGGGGCUGGUGCUAUAGUAGGCAAUGCAAAACAAACUGGUGUGCUGGUGGUAACUACAUCUGUGGUGAGACUUGUGACAACGUCCGGGGAACAUGUGACUGUCCGACACCCUUAUUUGGCGGUUCACCUUGUUCAUAAUUCUACCAAUGCAUGAAGCUUCUGGUUUUAAAAUAACAUCAUUUCUGGACAUUCGUAUGCAAAGAAAUCAAAUUAUUUCCUUUGAUUUUUAUCUUUCCUUUGUUUUUUAUCUUUCCUAGUAUACUAGCAUGUUUAUGCUGUUGCUUACAAAGCAACAACUUCCAUAUUCAACAUCACUCUGGCUAAAGUCUAAGACAAAAGGAAUCUUUAACUUAGCCAUAACCAGUGUUUUCA